AUUUCCGUUUGGAUAUUCAGGUAGAACGGGGCUCCGGUCAGCAGUGGCGGGCAUUUCCUCUUCUCCCAGUGUCUGUUAUAACUAAGUCAGGGUCUGGGAUCUCAAAAUCCAAUGGAGAAGGUGGGAAAGUAAUGGUCACCGCAGCAUGUGUGAGGCCAGGUGAUGCUGCCCGGGAGCGAGGCGCCAGGGCGGAGACAGGAGCUCUCUCUACCAGGGACACCCGCCUUGCGCGCCUGUCGUGCCCCUCACCACCCACAGAGUCGGAUGGCGGAGGCGGGGUGGAGGCACCUGGCUGAGGUUAGGGUGACCUUUGAGGAUGUGGCCGUGUAUUUCUCCAGGACAGAGUGGAGCCUCCUUGACGCGGCUGAGAGACGCCUGUACCGCCAUGUGAUGCUGGAGAAUUUUGGUCUUAUAUCCUCGCUGGGUUGCUGCUGUGGAGCAGCAGAUGUGGAGGCUCCCACUAACCAGAACCUUUCUGUUAGAGUGGCCCAAGCAAAGGAUCCCAAGGCAGCCUUGUCUUCCAAGAAGAGCCACCCCUGUGACAGUUGUGGGUGUGUCUUGAGAAAAAUUUUUCUCUUGGUUGACCAGCAGGGAACUCAACAGAGACAGAAACUGCUGAGGUGUGGAGCAUGUGCAAAACAGUUUUGUUUCAUUGCAAAGCAUCACCAGCACCAGGAGCAGCACUUGAGACAGAAGUCUUUUGUAGAAGGUGUGGACAAGGCCUCACUUGUGAAAGGCUGCAAUUUCAAUGUGUCUGAAAAGACUUUUACCUUCCAGGAGCUUGAGCAGAACGUUUUUAUGAACUCAGGAAAUAUCCAACAACAAGCUACUAACACCAGGGAAAGUGCAAAGGAAAUGUCAACAUCUGAGGAGGAUUUUCAAAGGAGAAAAAUUUAUCACACUAGAAACGAAUGUAAGAAAGCCAUUGGCUGCAAACACUCACCACUUCCAGACCAAGCUGUCCAAACUAGAAGACGAUGUUAUCCAUGCCAUGAAUGUGAAAAAUGUUUUCUAGGAAUCUCUGGUCUUCGUUAUCAUCAGAAAGUUCACACUGGGGAAAAGCCAUAUGAGUGCAGUGAAUGUAGGAAAUCUUUUACUAGUGGCUCUGCCCUUCGGAAACAUCACAGAGUUCACACUGGAGAAAGGCCUUAUGAGUGCAGUGAAUGUGGAAAAUCUUUUACCAGUAGCUCUGCACUCCAUAAACACCAGAGAGUUCACACUGGAGAAAGGCCAUAUGAAUGUGGUGCAUGUGGGAAAUGUUUUACCAGUAGCUCUGAUCUCCUUUAUCAUCAGAGAGUUCACACUGGAGAAAGGCCUUAUGAGUGCCGUGUAUGUGGGAAAUCUUUUACCUGGAGCUCUGACCUCCGUAAACAUCACAGAGUUCAUACUGGAGAAAGACCUUAUGAGUGUUGUGAAUGUGGGAAAUCUUUUACCAGUAGUUCUGCUCUCUGUUAUCAUCAGAGAGUUCACAAAGGGGAAAGGCCUUAUGAGUGCAGUGAAUGUGGGAAAUCUUUCACCAAUAGUUCUGCCCUCCGUAAACAUCACAGAGUUCACACUGGAGAAAGGCCUUAUGAGUGUGGGGAAUGUGGUAAAUCGUAUAUCAGUAGCUCUGCCCUGUAUAAUCAUCGGAAAGUUCAUACUGGAGAAAGGCCUUAUGAGUGUGGUGUAUGUGGCAAAUCUUUUACUAGUAAUUCUGCCCUCCGUAAACAUCACAGAGUUCACACUGGUGAAAGGCCUUUUCAGUGUGGUGAUUGUGGGAAAUCUUUUACCAGUAGCUCUGAUCUCAGAAAACAUUACAGAGUUCACACUGGAGAAAGACCUUAUGAGUGCAGUGAAUGUGGGAAAUCUUAUUUCAGUAGCUCUGCCCUAUAUUAUCAUCAGAGAAUUCAUACUGGAGAAAGGCCUUAUGAGUGCAGUGAAUGUGGGAAAUCUUUCACCAGUAGUUCUGCCCUCCGUUAUCAUCACAGAGUUCACACUGGAGAAAAACCUUAUGAGUGUGGUGAAUGUGGGAAAUCUUUUACCUGUAGCUGUCACCUCUGUUAGCAUCACAGAGUUCACACAAAAGAAAAGCCUUAUGAAUGCAGUGAAUAUUAGAAAACAUCUGUAACAUUUCAUUGUCAUCAGAGAGUUCACUUCGUUGAUUGGUCAAUGGUUGCAAGGAAUAUGAGAUUUCUUUUUAUCAGUAACCUUUUUUUAUCAUCAAAGGGUUCAUCCAGGAGAAUGGCCUUAUGCCUGCAGUAAAUGUGAAAAAUCCUUUACCAGGAGCCAUGGCUGUCAUUGUCCUCAGAGAAUUCACAAUGGGUAAGGUCUUAUAAGUUAAGGAAAUUCAAGAAAUCUCUUAUUUUCUAGUAUUUCUUUUGUUAUAUCUGAGAGCUGACAUAGGAAAAAGGAUUUAUGUAUGCAGGCAAUAUGAGGAAUUUUUUUCUUGUAGUACUAAGCUCCAUUAUAUUCAGAGAUGCACUCUGGUAAAAGGCCUUAUAAGUACAGUGGAUGUGGGAAAUGCUUCUUCUAUCCAUUCUCCUGUUAUCAGGGCAUUCACACUGGAGAUAGGGCUUAUGUGGACAUAAAAUAUGGGAAAUCUCCUACCUCAUAGUCAUCACCGCCUUAAACACACUUGACAAUGGUUAACGGCUUUGAGUGUGAAGUGAAUAUAGGAAACCUUUACCGAUAAAUCUAUACCUUUUGACAUUGGGGAUUUCUCACUGUAAAUGGAUAGAUUUUAAGAAAUUUUUUAUUUUUUAUUUUUCAGUAUAAUGGUAUUGAAGGAACCUUACUGAGGAAAAGGUGACUUUAUUUUCUUACCAAUAUUCUCAAUGCAGAGCUAUUCAUAAGUUUAAUGUUUAUGUUAUGUAGAAUGUGAUGAAAUAUUAUUAAACUAAUUGCGUCUUUAUGCACACUUUGGAUGUUUGUUUAUUUUUUUUGUCCUCACCCUAGGAUAUCUAAUUCACUGCUUUUACAGACAGAAAGGGAGGGAGAGACACAUUGAUUGUUUGCCUGUCUGGACCAGGGAUCACAUGCAUCUGGACUGGGGAUUGCAUUCCCAACCAACUUAUGUGCCCUGACCAGGUGGCAAACCUGCAACCUUUCAACUUUGGAUAAUGCUCCAACCAACCUAGCCACACUGGCUAGGGUCUUUUAUACCUUUUUACUCAGUGCAUGAGGGUUGCAUUUCCCCAUGAUAGCUGAACAUAUAUAAUUGAACAUAUAUAAUUGAACAAAUUUUGAUAUGUUCAAUUUUUAUUAAUUUCAGCUCUUCCUGAUUUUGUAUAUGCUCUUGUUUUAGUUGCAUUUCCAUAAGGAUUCAUGAUGAGCAUUUUGUAGGAGUGUAUGUACUACUGAUGUGUUUUUAGUUAAAUGUUGUUAAAUGUGUGCUCACCAAGUUACCUACUCUUUCAUGAUUUUGGGCUCUUCUUUAACAAAUAGGACAGUGAAACAGCAAAGAUAAAUGUUGCAAUGUCACCUACUUUGAGUCCUUGAAUGAGAAGUAAUUUUUUGUUUAUGGAAUAAUUUUUUAAUAGUGGCAAAAUGACCUAUUCAUUGGGACUUUCUUUUAUUGUACAGUGUAAUAGGUACAUAUUAUAUACUUUAAAAAAUAACCUGCAUUAUUAGCAUACUUCAUCAUCUUUGUAAGUUCAUACAUUUAGUGAUAUAAUAAAAAGCCUUACUUGUUAGAGUUCACCCAUUUUUAUGGUCUAAUAUCUGGGGUUGGCUGCCUGUAGCAGCAUUUGAAGGUGUACCAGGUAGUAGAGGAUGAAUGGAUAUUUGUUGAACCUCAAAGUCCUCCUGGAGGCCAAAGAGAAGAAGUGAGUGUUUAGACUUCCCAUACCUUUUGCCAUGCAAAUUGCAAUUAAUUUUAAGACUAUGGAAUAUAGUGUACUUAAUGGGCUUCAGUUUCCUCCUGUGUAAAAUAUGGGUGAACAGCAGUUUUUAUCCUGGCCUUGGUGUUCAUUUCAAAGGCAGUAGCUAUACCACCAGUUAUCUCCUGUGGGUGCCAUGCACAGGCCAGACACCUCAGACCUUCCCCAGGUGCUUGUGAAAAAUAAAUAGAGCUUCUCUGAUCCCCCAUAUCAACUGCAGUCCACACCGACCCCACAUGGGACAAUGUGGCUUCAGGGCUUCCCAUAUGGAUUCCCCAGUGAGGCACCUCUGGGUGACCAUAAAACUCCCCCAAUCUCACUUUGCUGCAUGAAAUUAAUGAAGGCACAAAUCACGGCCCUUUUGAGAAUCAAUACAGUUAAUGAAAUUCAGUACACACUUCCAGGUACUUGUAUGACAGGAUUUGCUUUUCGAUUAUUUUCUUAAUUCAACUGCAUCCUGUGGGUUAAUAACUUACUGUAUUUCUGGGAAAAUAAAGGAUCAGGAAGAAGGGUUUUUCCAAGGUCAGAGCAGACAAAUGUCAGAUCCAAAUUCUGUAUUCAAGCUAGUAAUUCUGAUGGUAGAAUUGGUGACUUUCUUUUUUUUUAAGAUUUUAUUUACAUUUUUAAAAAAGAUUUUAUUUACUUAUUUUUAGAGAGGGAAGGGAGGGAGAUGAAAGAGAGAGAGAGAGACACACACACACACACACACACAUCAAUGUGUGGUUGCUGGGGGGUCAUGGCCUGCAACCCAGGCAUGUGGCCAGUCUGGGAAUCGAACCUGGGACACUUUGGUUCCCAGUCCGAGCUCAAUCCACUGAGCUAUGCCAGCCAGGGUGGUGACAUUCUUUAUUCUGGUGUAUUAAGGCCUCAGACCAGGGCAGAGAGACAGGGAAGGCUGUUGAUAUGGGAAACUGGGCUGUUGCUAUUGUUUUCAUUGUUGCAAUUAUUGUGACUUUUCUGCAUUUUUCUGAUGUCUUAAAGGGCUUAACAUCUGCCUCACAGCAUUCAUGGGAAUCCUGUCUGAUUUCCAGUGAUCUCGCCAGGGAAGACAAUGUUGAGCCUUGGCUGCAUUUUGUCUAUUGGCUUUUGAGAACAGUGGGAAGUGAUACCUGGGACAUAUUGAGAAGUGAUGCUGGAGACCUAUAGUAUUGUUAUCUCCCUGGUGGAGUGUUCAUCUCUUCAUACAGGAAACACAGUGCCCACUUGAUCCUUUACUCUGCUCAGGACUGGCUGGAGGAGACCAUGGUGCUCACUCUGUGUUCCCUGCAGCCCUGACUAUUUCCAGCAGCUGCAUCCUCCUUUCCAGUGUCUCCAUGUCUGCACCAGAGAUCCUUGGGUAGGAACAUGAUCCUUCUGCUAAGAUCAGAACCCUCAUCAGCUGCCUAGUGCACUCUAGUCACAACUGAUAUUCUUUCUCCUGAUUGCUCAACACGGGCCACUUGGCCAAAUCAGAUUGAAUCUAUGCCUCCACAGCCUAGUUAGAUGAAUUAUAUAGCUCAUGGGACUUUUCAGAGAAGAGGGUGAGUGCUGAGCAUCCUUUGUGAUAUUUGCAAAUUGCUUCCAUGACAUUUUCUUAACAAUCCAUUUGAAGUCACUAGGUGGCAUACAUGCACACUCUGAAAAUUGACUCUAGUUCUGUUUCUUCCAUCCUCACUGCUGUCAGUAGAAUGUUUUGGAUUAGAGCUGAAUCUCUAAAGCCCUUGUGGUACUGAUUUUCGAUUUUUAA